AAAUGGCUUUGUAAACAAAUGUGUUUUAAUUAGUACAGAAUCGUCUUUGGUAGCCUAUAAAAAGUCUUGCAGAGCUGUAAAUAUGUAAUUCCUGACACUUCAAUAAAUGUGUUAGCUUAAAGAGGAGCAAGGCAAGUGUGCUUCAGUACUGGCUUCUACUGAACACAGUCGGGUAUAUAAUUACAUAAUUACCCACGUUACAUGUGUGGCCACGAUAAACCAGGACUAUACAAAAUCAUCCAAACACACUGAACUUUCAGUACCAUUAAAACAGUUUGCAGGAAAAUUCCGUCAUGGCUGCAGAGUGUGACUGUGCACAGAAUAAAAAGAGCCGCAGCCCUUAAGAGAUGCUGCUUUGUUGUGUCAAGCUCUGGUAAGAAAGGGUUGAAGCUGGAGUCAGAAGGCAGGCAGGGUUCCUCGCCCUGAUUUUACCUUGGUGGCAGGUGAACCUGAAGUCACAAUGGGGAAAUUUCUACUGCUGCAUUUCUGCAUUUCUUAAGAACUUUGAAAUAGUAAUAAGUUUGCGAGUAAUGGUUCUGUCUGUGUUCAUCCUGACCAGUUCAUGUCACAAAGGAUCCUGAGCUUCUGUUUGCUGACUCUGUCUAAAACUAGAGUGCUCACUGUAAGCAGCUUUGGGUCAGCAGAGAAUGGGUACAUUGAGAGAGUCAUUCUUCUAAUUUCAGGAGGCUGUGGAGUGAGACCUGGGGGACGUGCAAGGCGGGCUAAACUCCGGCUAUAUUUGGAACAGCUAAAACAGCUUGUGCCUCUCGGGCCGGACAGCACCAGACACACCACUCUAAGUCUGUUGAAAAGAGCUAAGAUGCAUAUCAAGAAAUUGGAAGAACAGGACCGAAAAGCUCUAAAUAUUAAAGAACAAUUACAGCGGGAACACCGCUACCUCAAGCGCAGAUUGGAGCAGCUAUCCGUGCAGGGCAUGGAGCGUAUCCGCACUGACAGCAUGGGAUCAACAAUAUCCACUGACUCUGAACAAGAAGUAGACAUUGAAGGAAUGGAGUUUACUCCAGGUGAAAUGGACAGUAUUGGAAGUGCCAGUGAUGCCGAAGACCACUACAGUUUGCAAAGCGGUUCGAGUGACGGAGGUUACACACAUUCCCGCAGACUGAAUGCCAGGCUCUCAUAGUGCCUGAGUUACCUGUUCAACUCAGGACCAUCUGACUGAAGCACUUAUAUAUGAAUAUUCCAGAGGUGUCAACUGCCACUCUUCCGGGAAACCCCAACCACAGUACUCUGACAUGGAGGUUUCUUACCCACGGUUCCCUGCACUGUCACCACAAUAUUAGAUAUUGUAAAUCAUGGGUUUGCUGCAGAGAACUGUGGUUAGGUACAGUUGUGACUUAAAGCUAGCUUGAUGUAGCCAUACUGCAAAUUAAAGGAAAUAAAUUCUGUCAUUCCAUUCAAGAAGAAUUAAAUUCAAACUGUUGGAAGCAUGGCGUAAGGGAGUUUGACAGUUAUUUUGAUUUUGCAGAAACCAUUUUUCAAACAUGGAAGAAUAAAUGGAAUCUACAAUGUGUUAGUGAUUCAGAGAUACAAAAACCUAAAACUACUUUUUGUGGUAUUUUUUCAUGAAAAAAAAACCAAAACAAAACAAAAAUCCAAAACAUUUUGAAUGCUGCAUAGUGGGCUUCAUA